UUUUUCCCGUUAAUUAAAGAGACUGUAAGAGAGAGAGAGAGAGCUUCAAUAAAUACUCCACUAACUCUCCGUCGCCGGAAACUUCUUCCCCACUUUUUCCGGUGUACUCCUCUUUAACUUAUUAUUACUAAGCCUUACUUCACUAUUAUCACAGGCGGUUGACAUUUCCGGUGAAAACCCGACUCACAUUCUGUGCGUAGCUUUUUCCAUUCUAAGUUAAAACUGCUCCUUCAGAUUCCCUUUCUUCUCUGUAGCCAAAAAUUCAACUCUCAGUCAACUGUUUCUUCCAGUCAUUAUUUGUACAUUUUAUUAUCCUACAUUUGGUUCACUGAAAUUUUCUAAUGCCUCAUCUGUUUUGAUAUCUUUUUUUUAUUUAUAAAGCUUGUAUCUUUUGCUUAUUUUUCUAUAUACCCAUUUGGGGGUUUCUAAUGGGAUUAUGAGCUGCAUAUUUCUCUGUGAUUAUUGAGUGAGAGUAUUUACGGAAAUGAGGAAGGUCAUUGCUACGGUAAUAUUUUUGUGUAUUUUAUGUCCCAUUUUUGUUAAAGCAGUGAACCUAUCUUUCAAUGAUGAUAUACUGGGGUUAAUGGUAUUCAAGGCUGAUAUUCAAGAUCCACAUGGAAAGUUAGUGUCUUGGAAUGAAGAAGAUGAUAGCCCAUGUAACUGGAAUGGGAUCAAAUGCAACCCAAGAUCCAAUAGGGUCUCUCAAAUUGUUCUUGAUGGUUUUGGUCUUUCAGGGAAGAUAAGCAGAGGCCUUUUGAGGUUACAGUUUCUUCGAAAGCUUUCGCUUGCGAAGAACAAUUUUACAGGGAGUAUAAGUGCCACUGUUGUUCAGCUUGAUAAUCUGAGGGUGCUUGACUUGAGUGAGAACAACUUUUUCGGGCCGAUCCCGGGUGAUUUCUUUCGACAAUGUGGGCCUUUGAGGUCAAUUUCAUUGGCCAAGAAUAAGUUUUUAGGGAAGAUUCCAGAAAGUUUGAGCUCAUGUGUGGCAUUGGGGUCUUUAAACUUGUCGUCGAAUCAGUUUUCAGGAUUGUUACCCUCUGGCAUUUGGUCUUUGAAUGGGCUAAGGUCACUUGAUCUGUCAGAUAAUUUGCUGGAUGGUGAAAUUCCAGUUGGGAUUGAAGGUAUGUAUAAUUUGAGAGCCAUAAGUUUGAGGAAAAAUCGACUCACUGGUGAAGUUCCUGAUGGGAUUGGGAGUUGUUUGCUUUUGAGGUCAAUUGAUUUGAGUGAAAAUUCUCUCUCUGGAGAACUUCCAGAAACAAUGCAGAUGCUUAGCUUGUGUAAUGAAUUGAUCUUGAAAAACAAUGCAUUUGUCGGUACUGUACCAGAAUGGGUUGGAGAAAUGAAAAGCCUUGAAAUACUUGAUCUUUCUAGGAACAACUUCUCUGAUCAGUUCCCGACUUCAAUAGGGAAGCUUCAAUCAUUGAAAUUAUUAAACGUGUCGCAAAAUGCUAUUUCUGGAAACUUGCCUGAGUCCAUGAGCAAUUGUGUUAAUCUUAUGACUUUGGAUGUUAGUCAUAACUCUUUGACUGGUGGUCUUCCUCCUUGGGUAUUCAAAUUAGGAUUGCGACAAGUUUUGUUUUCCGAGAAUAAGUUAACUGGGGGCUUAAAGAAUGCUUUUGCUUCAUCGCUGGACAACUCUCGCCAAAAGCUUCUAGCUCUCGAUAUCUCUUGCAAUGAGUUAUCUGGCGAAAUUCCAUCUGCUAUUGGAGAUUUUAAUAGCUUGCGGUCCUUCAAUAUAUCCAGAAAUUCACUUGUAGGCGCCAUUCCUCACACUGUUGGUCUACUGAAGUCACUGUAUGUUCUUGACUUAAGUGAGAAUCGGUUAAAUGGUAGUAUCCCUUUGGAACUUGGAGGAGCCUAUUCUCUCAGGGAACUGAAGCUGGAGAAUAACGCCUUGACGGGAGAAAUUCCUAGUUCUAUUGGAAACUGUUCAACAUUGGUGUCCAUGUCUCUAUCACAUAAUGGUUUAACUGGCCCUGUACCUGCAACCCUAGCUAAACUAACUUACCUUCAAAAUGUUGACCUAUCCUUUAACAAAUUAACCGGAAUCUUACCAAAGCAGCUUGUAAAUCUUGGUCACCUCUUAUCGUUCAACAUCUCACACAACCAGCUAAAGGGCGAACUGCCUUCUGGUGGUUUUUUUAACACUAUUUCUCCUUAUUCUGUGUCAGCCAAUCCGUCUCUUUGUGGGGCUGCUGUUAAUAGGUCUUGUCCUACUGUCCUUCCCAAGCCAAUUGUUCUGAAUCCCAACUCCACAGAGUCUAUUCCUGGUACUAUCCCUCCAACUUUUGGCCAUGAGAAAAAAAUCUUAAGCAUCUCUGCCCUCAUUGCCAUUAGUGCAGCUGCUGUUAUUGUUGUUGGUGUUAUUGCCAUUACUGUGCUCAAUCUUCACGUACGGGCUGCUACAUCUCGCUCUGCUGCUGCCCUUACAUUUUAUGGUGGAGAUGACUUUAGUGGCUCACACAGUACAGAUGCAAAUUCUGGUAAGCUUGUCAUGUUUUCAGGCGAACUUGACUUCAGCACAGGGUCACAUGCUCUACUUAACAAGGAUUGUGAGCUCGGACGUGGUGGUUUUGGAGCAGUUUAUCGCACUGUCCUCGCAGAUGGGAUGCCAGUGGCCAUUAAGAAGCUUACUGUCUCCGGUCUUGUUAAGUCUCAACAAGACUUCGAAAAGGAGGUUAAGAAAUUGGGAAAGAUCCGUCACCCUAAUCUUGUGGCCCUUCAAGGUUAUUAUUGGACACCUUCCCUACAGCUACUUAUAUACGAAUUUGUAGCUGGUGGAAAUUUGUAUGAGCAUAUCCACGAAGGUUCUAGUGGAAAUUUACUCUCAUGGAAUGAGCGGUUCAACGUUAUUCUUGGGACAGCAAAAGGCUUGGCUAACUUGCAUCAAAUGAACAUAAUUCACUACAACCUAAAGUCCAGCAAUAUUUUGAUUGAUAGCUCUGGUGAUCCUAAAGUUGCGGAUAAUGGGUUAGCAAGGUUAUUACCAAUGUUAGAUCGAUAUGUCUUGAGCAGCAAAAUUCAAAGUGCACUUGGUUACAUGGCACCAGAAUUCGCAUGCAAGACUGUGAAGAUAACUGAGAAGUGUGAUGUGUAUGGGUUUGGAGUUCUUGUUCUGGAGGUAGUCACGGGAAAGAAGCCAGUCGAGUACAUGGAGGACGAUGUUAUGGUAUUGUGUGACAUAGUGAGGGGAGCAUUAGAAGAUGGCAAGGUGGAAGAAUGUGUUGACGGGAGGCUGCAUGGAAAAUUUCCAGUCGAGGAGGCGAUUCCUAUAAUGAAGUUGGGUUUAAUCUGCACAUCACAAGUCCCGUCUAACCGGCCUGAUAUGGCAGAAGUGGUUAACAUUUUGGAAAUGAUCAGAUGUCCUUCAGAAGGCCAGGAUGAACCUCAUCAGACAUUGUAAGAUAUGCUUUGUCAAUGUGUAAUCCUGGCGAAAAAGAAUCCGGUUGAUCUGUUCAGAGAGAAAUUUAUGCUGUAUGUUGAAAACGAAUCUCUCUUUCAUAUUAUGUCCAUUUGAGUUACAUUUCUUUUGUAAUUGCUUCUCUAUUGUUCUUGGUUAGCGGAUUCCUUUUCACCGGGUUUUUCAGUAUAUGGGGAUCUCAUGAUUAUCACUUGCCA